GUCAACUGACUGGCUGAUAUAUCAACGAACAAUACACAACUACCACCCGUAAUUGUGCAGAUUAUGCACAGAAUGACAUCAUCUGUACAUUGGCGGGGCACAUCCCAAAGCGGACUAGCGGCUGCCCCUCCGAUUUCCUCGGGAUUUCCAUAUCCUUAAUAUCUUUACCCGCAAUUCGGCUUCAUCUUCUUCUUCCUACCAUUCUGUCUGUCUGUCUGUCUGCGUUCUUGUCGCAUAGAUUAGAUUGUGCUUUUCCCUUCUCUUUUCUCUAUUCUUUCCCCUCUUUUAUAGAAUCACCCAGCAUAUAGAUCCAUCUCAUCUCCAACCCCACCACCAAAAACAACCCCAUUCAAUCAUUCAAUCAUCCCAUCCGAACAGAUACAAAAGAACCGAAAAUGUCUCCCAUCCCCAUAACAAUCAUAACUGGCUUCCUGGGCUCGGGCAAGACGACCCUCCUCCUAAACCUCAUCCCGCAACUCCCCAAAACCUACCGCCUCGCGCUCCUCAAAAACGAAUUCGGCGACGUAGCCAUCGACUCGCAGCUCGCCUCAACAAACUCCAUCUCCGGCGUCCGCGAGCUCCUCAACGGCUGCAUUUGCUGCAACCUCGUCGGCCAACUCAGCGACGCGCUCGACCAACUGCGCGAACAAGUCCAGCCUGACCGCAUCGUGAUCGAGACCUCAGGAAGCGCAUUCCCAGCAACCCUCGCCAUGGAAGUCAACCGGCUUGCGCGGGAGCAGCCGGGGACGAUCGCGCUGGACGGGGUCAUCAGUGUCAUUGACGUGGAGAAUUGGGAGGGGUACGAGGAUACGUCGUAUACGGCGAAGCUGCAGGCGAAGUAUACGGAUUUGAUCAUCUUCAACAAGUGGGAGAAUGUGUCUGAGAGGGAGUUUGAUUUGUGUCUUGAUCGGGUGGGUGAUCUGGAGGUUGAUACGCCGUGGGUGAAGAGUGAGAAGGGACGGGUUGACAAGGAUGUUCUGUUGGGGAUUGAUGGGGCAUUGUUUGCCAAGGAGGGGGAGGAUGCUCAGUUGGCGAAUGGUGAACAUGGUCAUGAUCAUGAUCAUGAGCAUAAACAUGAUCAUCAGUCUGAGGUCGAGGUUCUCUCCGUCACGCUCAAAGCGCCCGCCCGCAAAGAUGCCACCGUCGACGUCGAAGCCCUGCAGCGCUUCCUGCGUUCCCCGCCCAAGGAAGAAGUCUACCGCAUCAAGGGCAUCCUGCGCUGCUCGACCACUACACCACCCAUUUCAUCGUCCGACGACGACGGGUCGAACCCCGCGCCGUCUUCGCCGCCCACAAGCGACACCCAGAACUACAUCCUGAAUUGGGCCUUCGGCCGCUGGACAACCACGCCGUCUGACACCGUCGGCCAGACAGUCGACCCAGACGCCGUGGUCCGCAUGACGCUCAUCCUGGCGCGGUACGAGUCUGCGAAGUGGACGAAGAAGCUGGAGGCGGGGGGUUUGGUGCAAGCUGUGGGUGCGAGUGAGGGGGUGGAGUUGGUUGUUGAACGACUUGUUUAGAGUUGAUUCUCAUUUUGUUUUCGGAUAUAUGUUCCUUUUUAGAUAAAGGGCUGUGAUAGAUGGAGCUGGCUCCGCCCGAAUUUAC